GUGAGUCUCCUUCUCCUCGAGAAGAGGGGCGGAUCUCGAUUCUUUGCGCUGCAGCAGACGUUCUACCUCGUGGAGCCUCGCAGCGACAAAGGGUACUUGCUGUCAAUCCUGAACCCGAUCAAGCUGGACAUGCCGGCCGUCUUGAAGUCCCACCAGAUCACUGAGCUGAAUGAGGAUGAGAUGGGUUUGGCUUUGGAAGGAUGGGCGGUCUUCCUCGGGCAGCAGCGGGAGGACCCCUUCGUGAAGACGAUCACAGAUGUUGGCAUACCCAAGGCCUGCGAGCACUACUCUACGCAGUUCGCAGCUUUCCUGCGAACUUGUGAGGACUACGUGGGGGACCUCUUCGUGCCCAAGAUAGGCCUUUCCGAGGCCCAUGUCUUCAAGCAAUCCGGCGAGCUGCAGCCGCUGCUGCAGAGCGUGCAGGAGGAUGUGCGGCGCCUCCUG